AUGGAAAAUGAUAUUUCUCCAAGUCUUCAGAAGUGGAUAAAAAAGUGUUUAAAAAAAGAGUUUGAAGCUAGUAUACAAAAAUGUUUGGACGAAGGCAUGGACUGCACCGAUAUUACUAAAAAAAUGAUACAUUCCAAGGAAAUGUCUGCUUUAUUAAACACAAUGCGAGCUACAAUUGGCGAACAAUCGGCUUCAAGAUCGGCAUCAACUUUAUUUUCUGACUCCCGACCUCAAUCAUCUCUUUCUUGCCUCAGUGAUCAAACAAGCGAAGAUUGGAACUCUCCUUUUAAUAAUGAUGAAUACUAUAAUGUUAUUGUCGAUGAGAUCGGUCACGAUAAACCAGCUCAUGUUAGAUUAGCUGCAUAUGAAGUUUUAUUGAAAAAUGAUCUGUCAAAUUUAAAUAACAAUCCAAUAUGGAAUUCUCUUAAAAAGGCUCUAUUGGAUAGUCUCACGGAUGAAAGUAGACCCAUUUUUGAAGCUAGUUUACAAGUUCAUGCAAAAUUGUUGUCAUGUUUGCAAUCGUAUGAUGUGUACAUGAAUUUGCAAGAUGCAUUUAAUGCUCAAUACCAUUCUCAGAAGACAUUUGAAAUACUACCAACAUUGUUUACUGGAAUUAAUUUUAAGUUCUUUCUACAUGAAAGAGUAUUUCAUAUUAUACAUUUGAUACUUCAAUAUCACGAAGAGAAACUGAAAUCUGCAAGAAAUUCUGAUAAACCUAUGGAAGAGUUAAUAGAAGAAUUUAUAAUUUUUUUGAGUACACAUGUACUUUGCAAUGCAACGCAAUCUAAGACGUUAAAUGUAUUGAACAUUAUUUCUAUAUUAGAACCACGUGCUGACUGGUGUAAGAAGUGGAUUGUUAAUUUUGCUAGCAGAAAAAUGUUUCUAACUGCAUUAGGCAAGUCGCCUAGUUUUCUGCAAAACAUAAUGUAUCAUGUACAAAAAGGAUUGGAGGAUCCUCCACAUUCUGUAUCAGUUUCUAUAUUUGAUGAACCAGUGGAAGUUAUCAUUAAUGGAAAUACAAUUGAAACAGUAACUUAUCUUCAUUGCUUGUGUUUUGUAUCGCAGCUUUGUGCUCAAGAAGCAGGCAGGAGACUCUUGGAUGAAAAUGUCUUCGAAAAUCCAUUUUCAGUUUCUGAAUUCAUAACGGCUUCUUUGAAAGCUCUAAAUAAAUUGUCUGUGGAUACGUUAAAUGGGGUGUAUGAUAUCUCUUGCUAUGCUUUGCAAAUUAUUUUAGAUAAGCCAACAAUUUUAUACAGUUCCGAGUUUUACCAUAUUGCACUAUGUCACUUACCUUCAUUAUCUGAAAAUAACAUAAAAAUAUGGCCGCACACAUUAAAUAUUAUCUUACACAUGUUAGAUACAGUAGAUGGUUCCAUAUUUCUUAUCUCUGAAUGCAAGGAGCACACAGUAAAUUUUGAAAGUAACGUGAUAAAAUGUCCAGCUAUGUUUAUUAUAGUAAUAGCAUCAAAUAUGUUAAAACAACCUUUUUCUAUAAUGAAUGAUGAAUAUCUUAUUAAAUUAUUAAAAGUAAUAGAAAAGCUAUUCGAUGUAUUUGAUGCCUAUGAAAUUGUACAAUAUAAAAUAGAAAAGGAAUUUUAUCCUGCUGUGUCAUAUUUCUAUAAUAAGUUAGAUAGAUUCUAUUUUGAAAAUGAAAAUAAAGCUCAACAGAUAAAUAGUGCUGUUAAUAUGUUACUUCUUAAAAUGGUAUCCAUACCCUUUGGAUUAAAAGCUCUUGUUCGAGAGUCAUCAGUAUUUCAGGAGCUAAUUGAAGGAUGCAUUGCACCCUUAAGAAUGUCAUGGAACUCAAUGAGAGUAGUCAACUUUGUAUCGUCUGCUGCAUUUUUUCACUUGGGAUACAAUACACUGGCUAAUCUUGCACCCCAUAUAUUGUCAACUUUACUUUCAGAAACAUGUAAAAUAUUAGAAGAUGUACACUACUUUCACGAUCCGUGGGAUCAUGAAAGUAUUCACACAUUUUUACAUAUAUUAACAUUCUUUUCUCUUAAUUUCAAAUGUAAGUAUUAUCCCCAUAAUUUACCUGAACUCUUUAGAGACACAAUAAAUCCUGAAUCGAAUUAUCAUUAUUUAGGACUUCUAUCGUUAAACACUAUGAUUUGGAAUUUAAAUAUUUAUGUGUUUUUAAUAGAGUUACUGGAUUUCCAGAGUAUUUUAUUAAAACUUCACAAUUCGAAUACACAAGAAACUGAAAAUGAUGAAAUAAGUACAAACUGCAUUGAUGAUUACACCUUAAUGCGGCAUAAAAUUAUAUAUAAGACAUAUUUAAUUAAAAUUAAUGAUGAAGAAGAAUCUACUAAAGCAGAGGAAUAUGAUAUAUCAAUGUUACCACCUCCAAAGUUAAAUAAACAGAACAUAUCUUCUUCAGAAACCGAAGACUUUACAGAAUUAGAAACUUUGCUUCGAGAUAAUAAAUCCGGAUUGCUAGACAAUUAUUGGGUUGAAGACAUUAGAGAAGCCUUUAAAAUAUUAGAUGAACCAAUGAAGAACACUGUAUUGAUACUAUUGAUAGAUCAGAUGCAUAAAGCAAUUCCUAUUGCAGAAUGGGAAGAAAACUUUCAGUGGGAAGAAAGUUUUUCAGUAAAUACAGAUUUUUGGUUUCCAGAGGAAAUACAUGGAAUCGAUUUAGCUUUAUAUUAUGCAGAACAGAACAAUGUUUUAGCAAAUACACUUGAAAUGAAAAAAAAAUUACAAGGAUUUAUCAAUGCAUGCUAUACAUUUAUACAAUAUGAGAGACCAAAAAAAUUUGAUGGCUUUGAUUGGUUUUUAGCAACAGUGUUUAUUAUUUGUGAAGGAGAUAUAGAAAAAUGCAAAAUACUUGUUACACAAUUAAUUAGAUUUCCAGUAACUACAUUUUUGUGGCCAAAUUUGGGGAAAGUAUCAGAUAAGAAUAUUCAGGAAGAAUGUGCUGCUCAAUUUACAUUUAUGCAACUUUUGGAAACUGUUAUUAAUAAGGAAUUCCCACACAUAAAAUUUGCACUUAUGAGUACAUCUGGAAUGAACUGGUCUUUAAUAUGUGAUUUAAUGAUAUCUCAAUGCUUUUGGGGUAUACUACCUUGGACUGAAAUUAUGAACUUAUUUGGUAUUUGUGUACUAUAUUCACCCGAUUAUAUGAUAUAUUAUUGUGUAUCACUUCUGUAUCAUUGUCGACAUGCAAUAAUGCAACAUGUGACAAGUGGAAAAAUGUGGCCUGAACAUAUGAUGUUAGACGAUUACCAUUGUCAUGAGUAUAUCAGAUUUAUGGAUAUAUUAGAUAAAAGAUAUGGAAACAAGAUCUUACCAAAGCUAAUAAUAAAAGAUUUUAAUUCAUUAAGUGUAAUAUGA